UGCAUUCGUUUGUCGCGCUUCGAAGGUAACUCAACGAACGAACAACCAGAACAACCGACAAGCAAAACAACCGAUCGAACCAACAACCAACCAACCAGCCCUCGUUUGGACCGUUAGUUUUCGAAAAACGUUUUUCCUGCCACAGGGAAAUUUCUCACCAUAAAAAGUGUAGCCUACAUCUGUGCGCAAAACUCUUCAAAAACUGACUUUUCCGUUUAAUUGAGAAAGUUUUGAAAGCAGGUCACCUUUUUUCGCGUGUGAAAUAACAGAGAAAAAACUUUCAUAUCAGAAGAAACUUUGUUUUGUGGCAAAAACCAUAUUUGAUUUUUAUAAAAACGGGUUUAAUCGUGCGUUUAAUUCAUUGAAAAUCGCCUCUCAUUUCAACAAAAAUAUAUUGAAAAAACACAGCUCCUUCGAUCAAAAGCUCCACAAUGUUCCGCUUCAAUCCCCAAUUGAGUCACGGCUGUGCUUUGGCCCUCAUCUUCUGUCUGCUGAAUCUCCUGAUGAUGCACCAACCCACCAAUGCGGAGCUCUCGCCCGUCGUUCAAGGUGGCGGGCCCAUCAGCAAUCUCUACGAUAAUCUCCUUCAGCGAGAGUAUGCCGGACCCGUGGUCUUUCCCAAUCACCAGGUGGAGCGCAAGGCCCAGCGCUCUCCUUCGCUGCGCCUCCGCUUUGGUCGCAGCGAUCCGGACAUGCUCAAUAAUAUCGUGGAGAAGCGUUGGUUCGGCGAUGUCAACCAGAAGCCCAUUCGAUCGCCUUCCCUGCGCCUGCGAUUCGGACGCCGCGACCCCACCUUGCCACAGAUGCGACGCACCGCCUACGACGAUCUUUUGGAGCGUGAACUAACCCUCAACAACCAGGUGCAGCAGCACUUGGGAGACACAGCCGACGAUCUCAGUGCCGACUAUGAUGGCCUUUACGAGCGGGUGGUGCGCAAGCCGCAGCGUCUUCGUUGGGGUCGCAGUGUGCCCCAGUUUGAGGCAACCAAUGGGGAUAAUGAUCAGCUCUACAACUCUCUGUGGAACUCUGAGAAGAUGCGCCGCAUGCUGUUGGCCUUGCAGCAGUACGAAGCCGCCCCUGGACACGUUGCAGGCUAUGCCAACGAUGGAGACGACACCGAGGCGCAACUGGAUGAAGACACAUCGGAGUUCCAGCGCGAGGCACGCAAGCCAAUGCGUUUGCGUUGGGGUCGUAGCACUGGCAAGGCCCCCGCAACCGAACAGAAGAUUGAAACCUCUUCAAUUGCUCCCAAAAAUUAAAUACUUAUACCAGAUAUUCAUGGCCAAGGCGAAAGGAACUCCAAAGGACAAUGGCAAGGACAUCCAAUGAUGGGAAAAGAAAAGAAAGCUAGAAAAAACGGUCGAAAUAUCCAAAGCCAAAAAAAAACAGUUUUUGAGAGAAUUUUUAAGUAGAGAGAAAGAGAGCGGAGAGAGAGAGAGGAGGAAAGAGCAGAGGCAAUGGCUGAGAAAUACAUACAUAUAUUUAACAAACAAAAAAACACAUAUAUAAAUUCUAUAUAUAUUAAACAUAUGAUUAACCCAUUAAUGUCUAACAUUCGGUUUUUGAGCAGCAAAAAAAAAACCUAAAUAAAUAUAUAUAUAUAUAUAUAUUUGUCCAUGAAACUUUAACACAAGGCGCCGCGCAGGUAAAACAGAAAAAAGAUAUCUACAAGAUUAUAAACAUAAAAAAAAAAAAAUUUUUAAAUAAAUACAUAUAAAUUUUGGGUGGGUUUAUUUGACAAACAAAAUGAAAAUAUAAAGCAUUUCCGUUAUUUUAUUUCUUAUAUUUUUAAUUAAUUGCCUCGAAUCUCCCUAAAUUCCUAUUAUGCUCAAUAAAAACAAAAAAAAAUCUUUAAAAAGGAUCCCCCAAACAAUUUCUAGCCUCAAAUGUAUAUAAAAAAUAUAAAAACUUACAAAACACCUUUAAAACUUAGCGCAAAUUUGUUAUAAAAACAAAAGAAAAAUCUAUAAAAAUAUUUAAAAAAUAUAUAAACAUUUAAUUUGUCAGUGAACAAAUUUUCGAUUUAAUAAAAAUUAUAUGAAAAGGUAAAAAAUGUUUGAAAAACAUGGAAGAAAGGCCCCCGCGAAAGAAGAAUUGAAGGAAAGAAAAGAAAGAUGUAUUACUGCAACAAUUGUUAUAUUCUGUGUGCUAAAAAAAGAAUUCUAUAUACUAUAUACAUAUGUGUGUAUGUGUGUAUCAACUAUUAUAUUAUACGACUAUAUAGAUAUACAUAUAUAUAUCGGAUGAAAUUUUAUCAAUGUAUUUUACUUAAACAAAUCCAAGCAAACAUAAACAAAAACACAAAAAAGAUACAAUCGAAUGUUGUUUCUGACACACACUUUUGUAUAUUUAAUUUACACCAUCAUUGAAAUUAUUGUUUAACAAAAACAGCAAACAUAUAGCAAAAAACAAAAACACUUUCCCCCACAGACAGAGAGCCCAGAGAACGGAGUCUAUCAGUAUAUAUAUAUGUAUACCCUUAAAUAUCAUAUGAAUGUAAAUGUAAAUAAGAGUAACACACACACCCACACACACA